AUGUUUGUAAUUAAACAAAUAAUUGUUAUCAAUUCGACUAUACUACUACCUACACCUAAAAAAUGUUCAGUACCAUGUGCUUCAUGCCCUUUUGAUUGGACGAUGUGUUCACAAUGUUCAAAUUCAGAACAUGAUGGAUUAAUUACUGUACAAAGUGGCGGUAACAAAUAUCUGGCAAUAGUUUUCAAAGAAGGUACAAUAGCUGAAUUACAUGAAGCACAAAAAUUAUUAGGAAAAGCUAUGAAUACAGAUAUUGAAUCUGAUUAUAACCCAGAACAAGAAAAUAAAAUGAAAACAAAAACCAUAACAAUUGUUAAACAACAAUCAAAAGAACCAACAAUUACAAGCUUAUCAGAUAUUCCGUUUGGAGGAAAAGCAUUUAAAAAUGUAACUAAUAAUUCACAAUCAAAAAAUGUACAUAGUACAUUAGGUAUGCACAAAAAAGGUGCUGGUGAUAAUCUUCGUCAUUUAAAACAAACAAUUAAUAAUUCUGAUAGUAGUGUUUGUGAAGAUUUAAGAUCAUCACCACAACGACGAUAUAGCAAACGUACAAAAGCAACAAAUAUAAAAUCAAAACGUCAAUGUACAUCAUCAAAAAGUCAUCAAAUAACACCAUCUUCAUCAUCAAUAUCAAUUCUUCAAACACCAAAAUUAUUAGCUGGUCAAAAAAUUCUUGGUAUAAAUGAUGAUAAUGAGUAA